AUGCGGUGGGGAGCAGGUGAUGUUCGGGGGGAGCGAAGGAGCCGGCCGCCUUCGCUCCGGAGGCGACGGUGCCAUCGUGAUUGCAGUCGGGUGAGACAUCUGUAUAUUUGUGAUUUUCACAAGAACUUCAUUCAAAGUGUCAGAAACAAAAGAAAGAGGAAGACAAGUGAUGAUGGAGGUGACUCUCCUGAGCAUGAAACGGAUGUCCCGGAGGUUGACUUGUUCCAGCUCCAAGUAAACACUCUGCGACGUUACAAGAGACAUUAUAAGUUGCAGACUAGGCCUGGACUCAACAAGGCUCAGCUAGCAGAGACUGUCAGUCGUCACUUCAGGAAUAUUCCUGUGAAUGAGAAAGAGACGCUUGCGUAUUUCAUCUAUAUGGUGAAGAACAACAAGAGCAGGCUCGACCAGAAAUCAGAAGGUAGCAAGCAACUAGAAUGA